AUGGAGUACCGCAACGAGACUGGAGUAACAUGGUGGGAGCAUCAUACGCCAACAGAGGAUGUCACCAAACACCUGUGCCCAGAUCUGGUUGCUUUCCUGAAACUAGCCUACACAUUUCGAGCCGACACGCACGAUAACAUCUCAUUCUUUUACUGGCUUGACGACCUGACUCACCCAUCUUUGCUGUUCACGACAUGGCUUGAGGACGACUACCCUCAUCGGUUCGUCUGGCUGUACCAGCAUAGCGGUUACAGCUCUGGAGAUGAGGUAGGGAUUGUAUACGAUCAAGAACGAUCAUUAGCAGCGUUUGUCGGCCACACCGACGAUUUAUACGGGAUGUGUACACACGGAUGGGGAUUUAAGCCCUUAGAGAUCAUCCUUUCCGCCUAUCUCGAUAUGAUAGAGGAAGGGAAGGUAUCCACAACUGACCAUAUCGUGCAAACCUGGGAAGGACCUCCGGAUCCUAUAUCACAAUGGAUGAUGCGACCAUACACCCAAGCAGACGUCGAAAAGGCCGUAUCUGCAAUGAUGGGGCUUGUGGCAGCCAUAAAAUCCAGAUUACCUAUCCACCCCUCGCUCUCGUCGAACACAUGGUCUGACUUCGAGGCGGCUGCGGCCCAUAUCCCUUCUAAUACAUUCAUUUUCGAGUUUUUGAAAGGAAUCUCAACCAUGCAGAUUCCCUUUCAUUAUCUUGCGCCUGGAAUCCGGUUGCCCAGCCCUGCUGAAUUUGGUAAACAACCGUUCCUCCCUUCCAACUUGUCAAAGGACCAGGACUACCCUCUCGAAUCCCCGUUAUUAUUAUUUUACAAGGAUGGCGCGAAAACCACAAAUCGCGGUGUUCCUCUUCUCCCAGAAUCACCAACGAUACCAACUACCCCAGCAGGGCUCUAUAUGUCAUCGAUUCAAUAUCCCUCUAAUCGCGAGUUUUCUAAUGGCUGCUACCUACUUCUUCCUUUUAAUAUUGGCCAGUACGGCUGGGCAUGCACAAGCGACAACCAGCAGAUGGGCGUGGAUGCUUGUGAUACUGUACCGAAGCCGAAAGAUAUGCAUGAUGAUCUUUACCAGUCUGGAUAUAAUGGCUUCGUGGAUCUGCGGCAUGUACAACUACACAAGGUACUACAGAAUUGGGCAUCAAACAUUGAAAACGGUCACUGGGAAGUUGGUGAGGAUGGUGUAGUCGGUGGAAUCGAAAAGUUCAAGGAGGCCGAUACUGAGGAUCACUGGGAGAAAUACUGGGUACCACCGAGCUGGUAA